AUGGAUUCCGCAAGUAAUUCAGCUGCUGGUGAACACCUGAGCAGGCUGGAAUGCCUCCGGGAGCAUCUUGCCAAAGCAGCUGAACAGGACGAGCAGGCUGGAAAUUUGCCUGCUUCAAAUCUGAACUCUGAGAACUCUGAGUUCGAAGAACUACAGUCAUGUAAUGCUUUCAGUCAAAACAUAGAUGCUGCAGAUUUAUUUGAGGAUUUGAUGGAAGAAAAUCAUAAUAGACUUCACGUCCACGAAUCUCAUGUGCUCCAAGGGUCAGCAGACGUCCUUUGCGAGAGCUGUCACCACGACUGGCUGAUCCUACUUUUCAUGGCAGUGCCAUUUCCAUUUCCUCAUCGGAGGAUGAGGAAGAUAGGAGGCAAGCUGCUCGCAGGAAGAGACAGAGACUGCUUGUUAAUUGGCGGGAAAGUCUCCCCUCAACCUCUUCUCAAGGUUACGGUGACGAGAACUUAUCUCCUGCUAGAGGACCAGCAAGGAAGAGGAAGGCAGGCCCAGGUCGCCCGAAAGGAAGCAAGAACAAAGUUAAGCCGACAUCAAAAACACAGAAUAAGACUGCAUCUAGCAAUGGUUCUGGUUUUAAUUCUUGCAACAUCUGCAAGGAGAAAAAGGAAGGUCCUUUUUGUAUGACAGACUGUGGGCAUUUUUACCACAAUGAUUGUCUUGACUCGAGUGCUUCAAACCUCUGCUCUGUUUGUGGUCCAGCAUUCCAGAAGACAAUUCCGUUUUUUGGGUAGUUUUCUCUUUUAUAGUUCUACGUUCUGACAUGUUAAAUUUUAUUUCAAAUAUGCAUUUUGGCUUUUACAAUUGAGUUGAGAUAAUGAAAUUCACACAAUAAAGAUUAUGAUUAAGACAAUCUUCAUAGUUUG